AUGCACAGCCUGAUGCUGGAGAUGACGCAGAACCCCAAGACCCAGCCGUGGCGCGACAAUGGGAUGCUGCCAGGCUCGUGCAGCGGCAGGCACUUCAGCUUCUCGAGGCACCGGCCCCUCAGCGGCUGCGAGGAGCUGCUGUGCAGGGGCUACCCCACGCACCUCGGCAUGCGCGGGGCGAGGGACGACGACCUGUGCCGCCUCGCCGGGGGAGCCCCCGUGCUCCAGGCCACGGCCGCCUGCGUGGCCGCGCUGUUGGCGGUGUCCAGCCCCCAGCUGCACUCGCAGCGCGGUGGCGCGACCAGGUCCCUGGAGCUGCCGCCGGCGCGCCUCGCGGAGCUCCUGGCCCGCAUCCCGCCGCCCCCCACCAGCGCGCGGAGCAUCGACAACCGCGACGGGGGCGUGAACGCCGGCGAGGCCGACGGCGGCAGCAUCGUCUCCAGCCGCGCGGCGGCGCUGCUCAACCUGCUGGUGCGGCAAGACCUGGCAGUGGAGGGGGACGCCGGGCCGAUCGGCAAGGAAGAGGAGAAGGCCAUGAAGGUCCUCAAGAAGGCCGCCGACAGCACGCCGGACCUGCAGGACGCACCCAUCAUGGCCUCCGACCGCGCCAUGCACGAGUCCGAGCCCCUGCCCGGCAAGGACGGGGAGCCACGCGCCUGGGAGAUCAGGAUGCGCAAGCUGCAGAACUACGACAUCCAGAGACCUCCAAUCCCGGCCGACUGGGCACCGGGCCUGGCUGCCUUCGGAGGCGGCCCGGGACAUCGCGCAUCCGUCUGCGAGCGAGAUUAUCCAGCGGGGGAUGAACUACCUGCACCUAUGCUGCAAGGCGGAGGCCACGCCCGCGGCGAAGGGCCCGCCCAAGGUGGACCCGAGCCUGCGCGGCGUGGGGGAGCUGACGGAGGAUAUGGUCGACGCCCUCAGCCGCGUCGGCCGCGACGAUUCUGCGAGGACGCUCGAGGACCUGAUCUGGAACACGCUGUUCUGCAACGGCAUCCAGAAGCCCGGUGA